AUGCCAAAUGAUCUCUCGGGGAAUAUAGCAGAGGUCGUUUCCCUGGUGGAUUUCGUGUCGUCACUGUCCUUAAAGUUAAUGGUGUGUAACACAUUCAUGUAUGUCAAAAGGAUUCUGAAUAUCUUCUGGCCUAACAUCAUAACCAACGAAGAACUCCAUAAACAAACCUCCACACAGUCAUUGGUAUCGGAGAUCAAGUGCCGAAGAUGGCGCUGGAUUAGCCAUGUUAUCAGAAUGCCUCAAACAGCCCUACCAAGAAUGGCACUCCGAUGGUCCCCUCCUGGAAAAAGGAAACGAGGAAGACCGAAAGAAACAUGGAGGAGGACAGUAGAGAAGGAAAUUCGAGAGGGCAGUCUGAGCUGGGGGCUGCUGAAGAAGCUGGCAAAAGACGAGCAGCAGUGGCGAUCUCUGGUUACAGCCUUAUGUGCUUCUUAG